AUGUCAAAAGAAGUUGAAAAUGAGAGAAAUGGUGAGCUUGAGAAAGAAGUCGAAAAUAAGAGUGAAAAUAAAAAAAUAGAAAAAAGUGAGAAAGAAAUAGAAAAAGAGGGAGGAGUUGAAAAUGAGAUAAAGGUGGAAGAGAAGGAAAAAAAUGAUGCAAGAUUUGUCGAUAACGACUCAAAUUUGAAGAAAAUUAAGAGUAAAAUUUUGAAAGAUGGAGAAAAAGCUCAAGUAGUUCUACCUCAUGAAAAGCUACCCUACCCUCACAAAAAGAAGAGUAAGAGAAAAGAUAUCGACUUUAAGAAGUUCAUGGAGAUGUUUAAUAGCCUUCAAGUCACAACUCCGUUUAUGGAAGCUUUGGAGCAAAUGCCUAUGUAUGCCAAGUUCAUGAAGGAGUUGUUGACUAAGAAGAGGAAGCCUAAAGAGGGUGAAACCGUGUUGUUGACAGAAGAGUGUAGUGCAAUUCUUCAAAGAAAACUCCCACAAAAGAAGAAAGAUCCUGGUAGUUUCACUAUACCUUGUUCUAUUGGGAAUUUACAUGUUGGGAGAGCACUUUGUGACUUAGGAGCAAGCAUCAACUUGAUGCCCCUCUCUAUGAUGAAAAAAAUACCCGGUGCCAUAGCUAAACCCACCAAGAUGCAAUUAUCUCUUGCGGAUCGGUCAAUCACGUACCCCUAUGGAAUCUUACAAGAUGUUUUGGUAAGAGUGGCCGAAUUUGUCUUUCCGGCGGAUUUUGUAAUUCUCGAUAUGGAGGAAAAUGCCGAAGUGCCUCUUUUAUUGGGAAGACCCUUUUUGGCAACCGGGAGAGCUCUAAUUGAUGUGGAGAUGGGUGAUUUAAUGUUGAGGUUCAAUGAUGAGAAAGUUAACUUCAACAUCUUUGAAGGUAUGAGAAAUCAAGAUGAGAUUCCACAAUGCUUUAAAGCGGAUGUCAUUGAAGAUGAGAGUGAGAACUCAAAGAAAGAAGCAACAAAGUCAAUUUCUCCGGAUUUGAAAGCAAUCCCUUCUAAUGGGAAAUUUGUAUUUUUUGGAGAUGAUUAUAAGCAACCGGUGAUCGUUAGUAGGUUGCUCACCCCUUUGAAGAAGGAGGAAAAGAGGAGCCGAGUGGAAUCAAAUUUGAAGUAUCCUCCCUAA